AUGACAAAUAUUAUAGUAUCUAAAGAUUUGUCAAAUAAUAACAUGGCAAUAAAAUAUUUAAAACAUCAAAUACCGGAAUUAAAAAUUAAUGAUUCUGAAAUAACUGAAAAGACAGAGAUUAAAUACACUAAUAAUAAUAACCCAUUUCUGAGAUAUAAUAAUAAUGCUAAUAAUAAUCCUUUUGGAAAUAACUAUACUUAUAGUAAGGUAGUUAACAGAUCUAGGUCUUCAUCUUUCAUUAAUCCGUUUGACAGCAGUCCUAUUACAACAGUUUAUAGUAACAAUAACACUAAAAAUAAUAAGAAUACAAUUGAAAACAAUACACUUAAUAACAAUACCAUGCUUUCUUAUCCAUACUCAAGGCGAAGAUCCUAUCCAAGAACCUAUUUAUCUCCUACUCUAACAAAUAACACUAUGAAUAGUGUCAAUAGUAGUAGUGAUGGUUCUAUGCUUUCAUUUAAUAAUCACCAUAUAAUAACAAGCAAUCCUAUUAACAUAAACACUAAUAAUGAUAAUUAUAAUGAUAAUGAUAAUAUCAAUAAUACUAGUAUAUCUAACAGUGACAUAUAUAAAUCAAGAAGGCAUACAAUUUCUUCAAUAUCAUAUUCAAAUCAUUCUUUAUUUGAUUCAAAUGGAUUACCAAAACUAACUUUACUCAAUUCAAUUGAUUUGCCAAGUGAUUCCUUUUCAACUUUAAAAAAUAUUGACAUAAUUGACCAUUAUUUACAUAAUGCAGGAUUUCUGCCAGCAAAAAUUAUAUAUAAAGAUACUAAUGGUUCAAAUGAUUGUAUUAUUCGGAUGGCAACUACGUCAAAUGAUGUUUUGAUCCCAACUAUAUCAAGUAAUGAAGAGGAAUAUUUAUCUAGGCUAAAUUCACACAAUAACCAUAAUGAUAACAAUAAUAACAGUAAUAUUGACUAUUUUGAUAUAGAUGGUACGCAAGAAUUAAUUAGUAAUGAUUUAUCUACUAUGACAAUAUCAGAUACAGAAAAUGAUGAUUUUUCUUCGAAUUCUUCAAUUAUGACAGGUAGUAGAUCAAGAGCGGGAUCCACUAGAAGAUCAUCUUUCUCUUUAUCAAGACAAGAUAUUCCACUAUCGUUAUCCUCAACUUUUAGUCAUCAAAACACAUUUUCAAUAAUUAAUGGCAUGAACAAUAAUUUUCAUGAAAUUGCAAUGAAUGAUAAUAAUUUAUGCUAUUUUAAGCUCGCUAUUAUAGUAUCAAUUAAGGAAACAACUCAGUUGGAAUCUAUUCAAUUAGAACUAUCAUCUCGUGUAAAUAUAAAAUACUUGAAUGGAAAGAAUCAAUAUACCAAAGUAGGUGAACUGAAUUGGAAUCUAAAUAGGUAUAAUUUUAAUCUUUAUUUACCUCCCACCUUAAAAUCAGUUGAGGAUGACGUUAUUGAAAACUUUGAUAAUAUUAUUCAAUGGAAAUUAUUUAAAAAUAUUAACUAUAAAAAACGCUUAGCAUGGACUAAUGAAAAUAAUAGCCCUCAGUCAGAUUUUUGGAAGGACUCUUUGUUUCAAAAACUUGAAAAUUUAAAUACAUCAAUAAAUUCAAUUUCAGAAGAUAAUCUUUUAUUGCCAGGGGACUAUGUGUUUUUGAUCCCUGUAAUAUUCAAUAAUCAUAUUCCUGAGACCAUCGCAUAUCCAUCGGGUAAGUUGGACUAUUUUAUCAGAUUAGCUUCAUUCAAGAAGGUUAUUAAAACAACUGAUGAUACUAUGAAGUCAAAUAAUAUAAAUAAAAAUACUGUUCCUAAAGAUCAGCAGGUCGGUAUGAGCUCAAAGUUACAACCAUCUGUAGCAAAUAAAAAUAUAUCUCAAAAUUUAUCAACUAAUAAUUUGUCAAUUUUCAAAAAAAUGAGAAAUCAUUUCCGUAGUAACAGUACUCCUUCCGCUCCUCAUAUCCUCAUUACUGAUGCUAAUAAUGAUAAUGAUAAUAGUUUUAUCACCAGGACAUAUACCACCACAUCGUCAGUAUCAGAUUUCGAUUCUUUUUCAAGUUUGAAAUAUUCUAAUAAUACGGGGCCAAGUGUAGAUAUAACAGAUUUGAAUAGUCAAAAAUCGUUAAUCCCUAAAACAGAUAUCUCAUAUUUUAUUAAUGAAAUUUAUUUACAAAAUAAAUUGAACGUUAUUAGAACACCACCCUUAAUUUCUGUAUCUACCGCGAAUAAGCCUGUUUAUAUUAACAAAGUUUGGGAUAAUUCAUUAAAUUAUGAGAUAUCGUUGCCUAAUAAAUAUAUUCCAUUAGAUGCUAAUAUUCCAGUAACUGUAAAAUUAUCCCCUUUGAUUAAAAAUCUUUCGUUGAUUAAAAUUGGUAUUGGUAUCUCUGAAAGGAUUGAUUACGUUAAUAAUAAAGAUAAAAGCAUGUCUUUUAAAGAAACGGAUCAUGUUUUAGAGAACUCUUCAAAUCCUUACUAUCAUGUUUUUAAUUCAAAAAAGAAAAAACAAAGAUUGUUGCUACUAUACGAAUUAAGAUCUGAACAAACAGGACCAAGAGCAUUAAGAGAAGAAAUUGUGACAAACUGUAUUGAUCAUAAUUUAUUGUCAUAUUAUAGAACAAAGAAUAGUAAUAAUAAUUCAUAUGGUAAUGGAGAUGCAAUAGUUGAGCCAAUUGAAUUGAAAACUAGGUUGAAGUUUCCAGGUGAAAAGGCAUAUGUAUUAUCAGAUAAUAAUCAAAAUUUGUCAGAUUUUCAAGAGACUGUGGAUCUGCCAUAUGGCAUUGAAGGCUAUGAUUUGUACGAUAAAUUUGAUAACCUAGAAUCCUUUUAUCCAACUACACCUAAUGGCACUUUACCUGAUGUUGGUAAUGUAAAAGAUAAAAAUCACGGAAAAAACUCAAUAGUAAACUUCUUCUUUGGUGGGAUCAGUGGCAAUAACAAUACCCUUAAUAAUAACAAUAACAAUCAUACAACAAACAAUAAGGGCAGAAAUGCAAAUUCUUUGUCAAAUGAAAGUAAAAAUAUACUUACUCAUAAAAGACACAAGACUCAAAUCGACAUAUUUAGUAAAAAGAACAUUGCUAUGAUUAAUACCAAGAUGUAUAGUCCUAAAAGAGGACUUUAUAUCGAUAGCACCCAUUUUAGUACAUUGAGAUGUAAACAUAAGUUAGAAAUUAUAAUGAAGUUGGAAAAAUGUGAUGAAAAUAAACAAUUAAGACAAUAUGAGGUAAUAGUGAAUACACCAAUAUAUCUAAUGUCUGGAAAAUGUACUAAUGAGAAUUUAGUAUUACCUGUUUAUGACGUUGAUGGUAAUACAUAUUAUCAACCAAAUAGGGAUAUAGUUGAUACUUUAUCCUCAUCUGUGUCUACCUCAUUAUAUCCACCUUCACCGCCACCUACUUUUGAAGAAUCAUUAUUAAAUCCAUUAGUAUUUAAGAGCAAUUUAAAUGUUCUUCAUAAUAAUAGUCAUAAUACUUGUGAGAAUAAUAUUACUCAUCACAAUAAUGAUGAUUCAAAUAACAGUCAUAUUGCUAAUAAUAGUUCCAUCCCAAAGACACCCUUCUAUUUGAAUACAGAUUUUGGAAAUCUAGAUGGUUUAUUAAAUAGUUAUACAAGAUCUUCACAUUAUAGACGCACUAGUGUUGGAUCAAGUAAUUUAACUCCACCAUUAGAAAGGAUACCAAGCCCACCACCUGCGUAUAUGGAUGUGUUUCCUGCAAAACCGUAA